AUGCUUGCAUUUCGUUCUGUGAUCCGUAGAGAUCCUCGUGCCAUUGGCGGCCGUCUCCCGCGAAUCAAUGGAGCAAGCCAGACCUUUAUCUCCAGAAAUGCCACUUCCCUGGCCCCAAAUAGACCCAGCAUACUUUCUGAUCCACUCAAGGAGAUCUCUCAUUUAGCAAAUUCGCUUCCUCGGAUACCCGUGCUGCCUCAGAUGCUUACAAGAAACUCUGCUGCGUUGGACUACACUUCCCCCGCCCCCUUUGUACAAAGUGGCGAGUGGCAAAUGAGUUUCGACAAAGCUGAUAAGGACAACGGCAGCGAUACGAUACCAGAGGUCAAGAAGAGGCAAACCAAGAGAAGCAAGAAGGCGAAGAGUCUUUCGGAGAAGGAUUCCGGCAAAAAUAGCGAUGAAUCUAAUGAGAAGGAUGUAGACACAAAAAUUGAAGUAGAGAAAGACAAGGAUGACAAGAAGGCGCCCGAGCAAGAGGUUGAGCAAUCGAAGGACGAAACAGAGACCUCAGUGUCAAAAAGCUCCGAGGGCCCGUCAUCUGCUAGCUCUGCUGGUGGGGUUCCACCAAAUCCAAACUCUGACUCUGCCAACCCACCCUCUGGUGGCGACGGUGGUGAUGGCAGCGACAAGAACCCCAGCAAGCCCGCUGCGUCAUCGAAACCAUAUCCUCCUCUUUUAGCUAUAGCAAUGCAAGACAAGCCUCAGCUUCCCGGCACAGUUGCAUACAUCAACGUCAGUGAUCCAGCAGUGAUAAAGUCUCUUGACGAGAUUGUGAGAAGAAAGGAGCCUCACUUCGUCCUCUUUCACAUGAGAGACUCCUCUUCUAACACAGAUAUAAUUCCAAGUAAGGAGUCUGUCCAUGACAUUGGUGUUCAUUGUCAAAUCAUGAGCGUUUUAAAACAAGACAACGGCAUGCGCAUCUUGGCAUAUCCUAUGGAGCGUUGUCGUUUAGACACUCUUGUGAGUCCUUUAGAUAAAAAACUGUCUACCGAAGGUCUUUUAGAGCAGGAGGACUUUCCUACAUCUUACUUGAAGGAGUUCGGCGUUUCGUAUGCUUUGAUUUCGGAGUGCCCUGAUGAGCCAUACGAGCCUAACAGUCCUGAAAUCCAAGCGGCAAUUUCUCAGUCUAAGCUGCUUUUGACUGAAUUGCUGGCUCGUCUGCCAGAGACCACCCCUGCAGUUAAGGUGAUCUCCAAGAAAUUGGACACACCAAAUGUUCUUGCUGAUUUGAUAAGUUCCCUCACGAAAAGCUCUCCAGAACAAGCACAAGAAAUUUUACUGGAAUUCAAUGUUUUGAAACGUUUGUUGAAGGCCAAUCUGUUGUUGAAGCUAGAACUUGCAGCUGGCGCCAUUGUUGACGAGUCCAUCAAAGAGCUCAACGCAAAUGCGGAAGAAGCGCAAUGCAAGGCUCUUUUGAAAGAGUAUCUCAAGAUUGUCGAGGAGAAGGCAGGGCUUUCCCUGAAGAAAGUCGCCAAAGAUGCCAAAUUUGAAGAAAGAUUAAAGAACUUAAGAUUAUCGGAAGAGGCCAUGUCUAUUUAUGUGGCAGAAAAGGAGAAGCUUAUGAAUCCUGGUGAACAUCUGGCUGAACAAAGUGUGAUAGAGAAGUAUUUGGACUGGAUUACAAGUCUUCCUUGGGGUGUCUACACGAAAGACCGAUUUGAUCUCAAAGUUGCUCGUGAAGAGUUGGAUCGUGACCACUUUGGAUUGAAAGAAUUGAAGAACAGAAUCUUGGAAUUCAUUGCCAUGAGCAGAAUUGCUGGCUCUGUGGACGGUAAAAUUUUGUGUCUUGUCGGUCCUCCUGGUACAGGUAAAACUUCGAUUGCCAGAUCUAUUGCCGAAGCUCUCAAUCGUCGAUAUGCCAGAAUUGCUGUCGGAGGAAUCAGAGAUGUGCACGAAAUCAAGGGUCACAAGAGAACAUAUAUUGGAUCUACACCAGGACGGAUCAUCUCGGCUUUAAAGCAAGCCAAAGCUUCAAAUCCUUUGCUCUUGAUUGAUGAAAUUGACAAGAUGGAUCUUUCGCAUGGAGGAGCUGCAUCUUCGGCUCUUUUGGAAGUAUUGGACCCAGAGCAAAACGUUGGUUUUGUGGAUAACUAUAUGGAUAUGAAGGUGGAUCUUUCGAAGGUUUUGUUUGUCUGUACAGCUAAUGAUUUGCUGACUAUCACUGGCCCACUUAGGGACAGAAUGGAAAUCAUCGAGGUUCCUGGUUACACUAACAAUGAGAAGCUCUCGAUUGCGCAGAAGCAUUUGGUCCCCAAAGCAUCUUUGAAAGCAGGUAUCGAUCCCAAACAUAUUUCAGUCUCCUCAGAAACACUUGAAAAAAUCAUCGAUAAGUAUUGCAGGGAGAGCGGUUUGAGAAACUUGAAAAAAAUGAUCACAAGAAUGUUCAGCAAAGCUUCACUCAUAAUUGUCGAAAAGUUGGAUGAAGCGGCUGCCGAUCAAGUUAAAGAAGAAACAAAAUCCGAUAAAGAGGAGACUGAGACUAUGAAGGGCGAAGAUUCUGCCUCGCUCACCGAUUCUGUCGAGACUUCUGUCGAGCCUUCUGCGACGAAGAAGAAAUUGAAGAACUCUAAAGCAGAACCAGAAGCCCGUCUUUUUGAAGAAGACGAACUUCAAGCGGAGCCAUUGGAGAUUCCGGAAGAUAUUAAAAUUGAGAUAACCCCAGAAAACCUCAAAGAUUUCCUCGGAACGGAAACAUACGUGCAUUCGAGAAUGUAUGACACCCUUCCUCCCGGUGUCUCCACUGGACUUUCGUACAACAAUUCAGGAAGUGGUGACAUUCUACACAUUGAAUCCAUAAUCACCAAUUCAAUUGCAUCAGCAACAGGACAACCUGGAAUCAAUACUACCGGUCACUUGGGUGACAUGAUGAAGGAGUCUUCUCAAAUUGCCUACUCUUUUGCUAGACUGUUCAUGGCCCAGAAUUAUCCAGACAACAAAUUUUUUGAAGCCGCAGAAAUUCACAUAAAUUGCCCGGAGGGCGCAAUUCCUAAGGAAGGGCCAUCUGCCGGUGUCGCAUUUGUUUCUUCUUUAUUGUCAUUGGCUACGAAUGAAUCGUUGCCUAGAAACAUUGCCAUGACCGGUGAAAUUUCGCUCACUGGAAGGGUUUUGCCAGUAGGAGGUCUUCGUGAGAAGAUUUUAGGUGCAAAGCGUAACGGGUGUGACAAGGUCAUCUUCCCCAAAAGUAUCGAGAAUACUUUAGAUGAUAUUACGGAUGAGGUGAAAAAGGGUGUUACUUUAGUCCCAGUUGAGUGGUACCAUGAGGUUUUCGAUAUUUUAUUUGAAAACAUGGACAAAGAAAAGUUCGGAAAAGCGUGGGCUGCUGAUUUUGCCAAGCGCAAAGAGCUCAAGGACCUGAAGAAUGAUUAA